GCUAAAGAAUAUCAAUCGAUGAAUAGAAUGACCAAAAUACCCAAGUUGAUCAAUGAAUAUUUAAAGCCAAAUGCAAAAUAUAUUGGACAACAACAAUCGGGUUCACAUAAAUAUCAUAUUGAGGUUGAAUUUAAGACGAUCGAUUUGAUUGACUCAUUAGUUACUGGGUUCUUACAAAUCAAGGGGUUGACUGAUGAUCAUCCCGUGAUAACCACAUGUUUUAAAGGAGAAAUCAUUAACAAUCCAUUGAAUCGGUAUGAAUGGGGUAACGAAUCAAUGAAUAAGUAUAGUAAAGAUGUGAUUAAGAAAUACUCAUUUAUAACGGAAAAUGAUAAAUGGGGGUCAUUUAUUGAAAAUGAUUUAAUUCAUUGGAAAAAAUUAACUGAAAAUCAGGAAUUGAAUAACGAAGAAUUAAAAUUGAAAUUAGAAAAAAUACAGAAUGGUCAAGAAGAUAACCAAUUCAUAUAUAUGAGAUGGAAAGAAGAGUUUUUAUUACCCGAUUCCAGAAUCAAGCAAAUAAGUGGUGCAUCAUUCGAAGGUUUUUAUUAUAUUGUAUUAAACAUUGGAGGAGGAUCCAAAGAUAAUGAAAGUAAUAGUGGUAAUAAGAAAUUUUAUUCGAGUGUAUCACCGGGGUCAAUAAGCGGGUUAUAUUAUCAUAUAGCUAGUGAUAAGUUUCAAUCAUUAAGUCUUCGACAUAUUGAAGAUCAUGGAAAAUCAAAUAUUUUUGAAUUU